CAAUCAUUCUAAAGUGAAAUCUACCAAUAUGCUCAAAUUUCUGGCAGCAAUUGUCCUGGCAACUCUAAUUCAGAUUUCAUCGUCACAAGAUCCGACGUUAGACACUCCCCUUCCUCCGACAGUCCCUCCAACUUUCGACUCUACCAUCGAACCUCCUGCCCUUGACUCUCGUCCUCCUACAGGAUCUUCUCCAUUCGACUCCCUUCCACCAACAGAACCUCCUCAACUUGACCGUCUACCACCCACGGAGCCUCCUCAACUCGACCGUCUGCCACCAACAGAACCUCCUCAAUUCGACUCACUAGCACCAACAGAACCUCCUCAAUUCGACUCACUACCACCAACAGAACCUCCUCAAUUCGACCGCCUGCCCCCCACGGAGCCUCCUCAAUUCAACCGUCUACCACCCGCGGAGCCUCCUCAAUUCGACCGUCUACCACCAACAGAACCUCCUCAAUUCGAUCGACUCCCACCCACGGAGCCUCCUCAAUUCGACCGUCUACUACCCGGAGAACCCCGUCAAUUCGACCCUCCACCCUCUUCAAGACUUCCUCUUUUUGACUCUCCACUUCCUGCAAGACCUCGUACACUAAACUCUCCUCUUCCUCCCAUGGGCUCUACUUCUCUCGAUUCGGCUCCUCCUGCCGUUCCCUCUUCCUUAGACAAUUAUGGCGGGAAUGUUUCCAAUUACAGUAUCAUGUACACCAAAAACCUGCAGGACAUAAUGCAGAGGUUUAAAAUCUCAGUGGCGGAAAUGGAGGCGAUGUUGGAAACUUACAUAGAUGGCGGGAAUCCAACAAUUACAAAGACCGUGUAUAACCCUGAUACCGGCACAAACGAGACCGUGACACUUGAUUUCAAGAGCAUUGCUGAAGGUGAAGGGUUUCCAACUGAAGCCCUACAAAGGCCAAGACCGUCUGCUCGAUCCGAAGCCCCACGAACCACUGAUAAUGUCUUGAAUUCAGGUCCUGUUGGUUUGAACACAGUGCAACCCACAGAAACAAUGCCUAACACAGUUUCUUCACCAAUGUCUGAAUUUCUGAGGAAUCCAACUCCGGUGGUAGGGAACGCUAUAUCACGUGAUUCCAGAGAUCUAGAUCUCACUGCGUUCAGAGAACAAGAAGCACAACUUAUCGAUGACCUGAAACUACUGAUUCGUCGUCGAGAGGCAUUAGAUGAAAGUUUUUCCAGAGGAGAGUUAACUGAUGAGAAUUAUCGAAUUUCCCUAGAAAACACCGAUAUACAAAUACGUGAUAAUUACGCAGUUUUGAAACAGAUUCAAGACGCCAUACGCGAAUAUCUUGGAAUUGGAACCCCACAAGCGUUCAGUCAACAACCCCCAAUGGUGACACCAGAGGCAACUCCAAUAGAAGAUUUUAGGGGUCCAGAUUCAAGCGGCGGUCAACCAUUGACUCCAGAUGAAGAGCUGGUAUUUAUUCAGUCAGAAAUCGAUAGGUUAAAAGAAGCCAACGCUGGACUUUUGCGCAGACUUCAAAGUCUACAGAUGCCAAAUAUUGACAGUGCUGCUCCUGCAACAAUGAAUGAUAUGCCUCUAAAUCCAACAGUAGGUGGGUCAAGUCUUGAUGCUAUGAAUUUUAUGGAUUCCAUGGAUGGAGCAAUACCAUCACCAUCACCUGCACCAGCCAUUUCAGAUUUAGAUACCUUUGUUAGACCUUCGCGUCCAAUCCAAGGCACUGGUUUUCCAGACACAUCGACUGAUCCAAUCAUCGGUAAUCGGAUAGACGGAAUUAUUCCAGGUGAGGAAAGUAAUGUUAUUCCAAGAACACAGAUUCGUAAUAACAUUGAAAAUCUUUUGAAUGAGUACAAUCGAUUGAGUCAAAGGGAAGAUGCAAUACUGCGCAUUCUAAAUCAAAAUGGCCAAGUGUCUGAUAACUUUCCACAAGACAUGGUGGGGCUAACACAAGCUACAACAAGACCUGUUGAUGAUUUAGGGGCAGAAAUGGAAAGAGUACGUGAAAACAUUAGGCGUAAUGCAGUGGACACUCAAAAUGAAAUUUUUCCUAUUGAAUCACAAAUGCGUGCUGCAAGAAGAGAUUCAGGUCGUAUAGCCACCCUAGAAGCACCGUCCAGUGAAAUUGAUGUGAGUACUGUGGGACCUCAGGACCCAGGAGUGGAGAGGAAUUCCUUUCCCGAAAUUUUGCCUUCAGUCCAAGACACUGGUUUUCCACAAACGUCUAGUAUUCCAGUCGCUAAUGAUGGGAUAAACGAAGUUAUUCCAGGUGAGGGAAGAAACAUUAUUCAAAGAGCACAGAUUCGUAAUAAUAUCGAAAAUCUUUUGAAUGAGUAUAAUCGAUUGAGCCAGAGAGAGGGGGAAAUUUUACGCACUCUAAAUCAAAAUGGACAGGACGUGGUUGGACAAACGAGAGCUAGUCCUGUUGAUGAUCUUCAGAGAGAGAUGAACCUGGCUCGUGAAAACCUCAUAAAUAGUCCACUAGAUAAUACAAAUGACAUGCUUCCUAUUGAGCCACAAGGGAGUGCAAGAAGAGUUUCGGGUCGCAUAGCGACUCCAAGAACAUUGUCUAUUGAACCUGAUUUCGCUGCUGCUGAAUCUCAAAUCCCAACAGGUACAUCGUUAGGAACAGGAAAUAUGAGGUCACAAUUCCCUGAGACAAUGAACAUAUUAACAGAAGAUACAAGGUCUCAAUUCCCAGCAUUAGAUAGAAUAAACAUUGUGGAUGAUAUUGUUACACGCCGGCCUGUCUUAGACACUGACGCAAGCAGAAUAGGAGAGUCGUUUGUGAGUCCAAGGGUUCCAGCUCAAACAUUGGAUGAAAUCUCGGUCUUGGGCACCGAUCGUGUGCAACCCAUUGUGGACCGAGGAGGAGAAAUCUUACCCGAUUCACAAACAUUAAGUAGAAGUGCACAGGGUGAAAGUCUAAUUUACAACGACGGUGAUAUAACCAUGUCCGCCGUUCAACCCGUUGGUUCUCUAGAAGGUGAUACUACUGUACCUAUCGGACCAGUAGUUCCAAUUAGCGGGUUUUCGUCCGAAGCUUCUGGUCUCCUGCUACCAAGAAAUGAUGCUAUGUCGCUUCAAAGCAGACAAGUUCGAUUCUUUAGUCAAAGGCCCACAACCAUGGACACGACAAGUAGAUAUUUUCUUCAAAAUGGCGGACGACGACAACUUCGUUAUUUGGGUGGCAGAACAACAUUGAGACAACCUUUACGAUUAAUAUAAUGUAUGCAAUGCUGUGUUAAGCAAUCUAUGACGGUCCUUAUAACACCUGGGUAUGUCGUAUUCAAUUAAUGUCUUCCAACCUUUUUUUCUUCCUGAGAUUAUCAUAAACAUGCUAGUAAAGCGUUGUGUACAUGGAAGUUAUAAAUGGAGAUAAAUAUUACUACAUUAGUGAUGAAAUUUGAAUAUUUGUUUAACGCAUUUAAUAUGAUAAUCAUAUGAUGGAAUGUUAGUGAAAGUACUAAGUCUUCAUUUUAAAACCUUUAAAAUGACUUAAAAUCAUAUAUCUAUUACUGUUCAACAUUCUUAUUUAAAGCAAGUAUCUUAGAUGAGGGGCAAUUUAUUGCAUGGAUAAAGAUUAGGAGUGGGAUUGGGAUUGGGAUAAGGAUGAAGAAUGGAAUAGGAAUAGGAUUAGGAGUGAUUUCUUUAUUUUUGUACCUCCAUUCUAAUUUUUCUUCAAUGUAUAUACAUUUAGGCGAUCGAAAUGUAGUAUUUUAAAUAUUGUUUUUUUUAAAAUGUUGUUUAUUGUGUGAAAUAAAUAUAUCUGAAGAAGCA